GAAGUGGGCGUGGCCUGCUGCCUGUGUUCAGAGUAAAUGAAUUCAGAGAUGCAGCAGCUGCAGCAGCAGCAGCAGCAGCAGCAGCAGCGAUGGCUCUCAGCCUCACUCAGGAGUAUUUCCAGAUCCCUCUGGUGACCCGGACGUACACGACUGCCUGCAUCCUCACCACCGCUGCUGUGCAACUUCAAGUCAUCUCCCCGUUUCAGCUGUACUUCAACCCAGAACUCAUCAUCAGUAAAUACCAGAUAUGGCGUCUGAUCACCAGCUUCUUCUUCUUUGGUUCUCUUGGAUUUGGUUUUUUGUUCAACAUCAUUUUCCUCUAUCGGUACUGCCGCAUGCUGGAGGAAGACUGCUUCCGAGGAAGAACGGCUGAUUUUGUUUUCAUGUUCCUGUUUGGAGGAAUCCUCAUAACUCUGCUGGGUCUGUUUGCCAACAUCUUCUUCCUCGGCCAGGCCUUCCUCACCAUGCUGGUGUACAUCUGGAGUAAAAGAAACCCGCUGAUACCCAUGAACUUCUUCUGCCUCCUCACCUUCCGGGCGCCGCUUCUGCCCUGGGUGCUGAUGGGAUGUUCGCUGCUGCUCGGAAACCCCGUCACCGCCGACGUCCUGGGUAUCGGCGUUGGACACCUGUAUUACUUCUUAGAGGACGUGUUUCCGAACCAGCCAGGAGGAAGAAAGCUGCUGACGACACCAGAUCUGCUACGGGUCGUGUUUGACCCACCAGAGAGACCUGACCGCCGCUUCCUCCAGGAGGAGCAGCAGGAAGGAGGAGAUCUGCAGCACGAGGAGCAAGGCAGCUAAAAACUCCAGGAGCAACCAGCGAUCAGAAAAUCAAUAUGACAAUCAAAAAGACAAUUAAUGGAUCUAAAAAGCUCAAAUUGACUAUAUUCUCAUGCUACAAGGUCAAAACUUUCUCUGAACUUUUCCUAUAGAUAGUAGGAAAAGCAACGGUAACGGUCUCAGUUACAGCAGAGACCGAACAGAACUGGGUCUGUAACGACAAAUCCAUAGAACUUUGUGUUGAAAUGAAAUGGAAGCUGCAGAAGAAACGAGGAGCAACUGGAAGCCUCGCAUGGAAAACCGUGCAGCUUCGUCUGCACACGCUGCACUUUCACCCGCUGCCUUUGUGGCUCAAAUAAAAAGGAAACUGCUUAGCACGACAACAGGACUCUGUGGGACGACGGCGGCGCGGCUGGGAAAACUAGGACCGGAGUCCAACCAGGACGGAGAGGAGUCUGGAAAUGAAACUCAACUGGGAAAGAUUCCACUGGAACAACUGCAUCUGCUUUAAAGCCAUUGUACGUUUAAAAAAGGAGUAAAUGUCUGCCAGAAAAUUUCUAGGAAAAAAAUUAAAAAUUUCAGUUUGAAAAGUCCAAAAAAAAUUUUUAGAAAAAUUAAAAUUUUGAGUUUAGAUAUUUUCCAAGGUCAAAAAAAUCACAGGAAAAAACCUUCAAAUUUUGAGAUUCACUUCACGUUUUCUAAAACAAACUUAUUUGCAAGAAAAGAACAAAAAUUUCCUAGAAAAAACUACGAAGUUUGGAAAGUUGGACAUUUUUCAGAAAAAACUCGGAAAUUUCUGAGCUCCGAAAGUUGAAAAUUUGCAAGAAAGAGGAAAGAAAUGUAAAAAAAAUUUAACAUUUCUGAAGAAAUUAGAAAGAAAAAAAACCCUCAACCUGUGAGAUUAAUUUCACAUAUUUUCUAGAGCAACACUUGAAAAUUUCUGAUUUCAUCCAUUUUCUUCUUAUGUCCUUUACAAUUACUUCUCCAACUGAGUCUAGGGAAAAGUGAGGAUCUUUGUUCCUUGUACACCCUUGUGCAAAAGUCAAAUAUUUGCAAGAAAAAAAACAAUUUCCUAGAAUUUGUUUUAAACUUUUCAGUUUGAAAAGUUAAAAAUUCUUUUUGAAAUGAACUCAAAAAGUAAAACAAUUCUAGAAAAAUAAAGCCAGAAAUUUUGUAGAGAAAACAUGGAAAUUUCAGGAGUUUGAGAAGUCGAAAAUUUCUCUCACAUUUUGAGACUGAUUUCACAGAUAUUCUAAUAUUUCUUUUUAUUUUUGAGGCUCAACAGUUGAAAAUUUUGUCACUGUACGGUCAAAUGUUCCAAACUAAAUGAAAAACCCAUUCCCCUCCUCGCCUGUGGGGGCGCUGGACAAAAUGAAGGAAAUGACACAAAAAAC